CCGUCUCACAGACAGGUGAUGGUCUGGUCUGUCUCGUUGCCUCCAGUCGGCGAAUGUGCUUGUCUCGAGCUUACUUAAUUAACCAUGGAACCGGAGGGGACCAACCGGCUCCUGCAAGACUUGCUGGCGAGACCGGACAACGAGGCGUGCGCGGACUGCGGCAAUCCAGAGCCGGACUGGGCAUCACUGACACUGGGUGUGUUUGUUUGCCAGGCCUGCUCGCUCCUUCACCGCAGCAUCCCGCACAUCAGCAGGGUCAAGUCGAUUCAGGACACGUGGGAUGCAAGUGAUGUGGAGCUUCUAGCUGAUUUGGGAAACAAUGUAGCUAAGGCCAAGUAUGAGCAGAAUGUUCCCGCUUUCUACUACAGACCAACGCAUACUGACUGCAAGAUGCUAAGAGAGCAGUGGAUCAGGGCCAAGUAUGAGAGAAAUGAAUUUGAGUUCAUAGAGAAGCAAGAACCUUACACUGCAGGAUACCGUGAGGGGUUUCUAUGGAAACGAGGACGAGACAACGGUCAGUUUCUCAGCCGAAAGUUCGUCCUGUCCGAGAGGGAGGGGGCCCUCAAAUACUUCAACAAGCAAGAUGCCAGGGAUCCCAAGGCAGUUAUGAAAAUCGAAAGCCUCAAUGCCACCUUCCAACCGGCCAAGAUUGGCAACCCCUGCGGCCUGCAGAUUACCUACCUGAAAGACAACAGCACAAGGAACAUCUUUGUCUACCACAGCGAUGCUAAGGAGAUGGUCGAUUGGUUCAAUGCAAUCAGAGCGGCCAGGUUCCACUACCUGCAAGUGGCCUUCCCUGGAGCGAGUAAUGAGGAGCUGGUGCCAAAAUUGACCCGAAACUUCAUGAAGGAAGGCUUCAUGGAGAAAACAGGUCCAAAGCACACAGAGGGCUUUAAGAAGAGGUGGUUCACAAUGGAUGACAGACGACUGAUGUAUUUUAAAGACCCUUUGGACGCCUACGCCCGCGGCGAAGUGUUCAUCGGCAGUAAAGAGAACAGUUACACCGUUCUCCCUGGCCUGCCCCCAACCAUCCAGGGCUAUCACUGGAAUCACGGCAUCACCAUCGUCACACCGGACAGGAAGUUCGUGUUUGCCUGCGAGACUGAGGCCGAGCAACGAGACUGGAUCGCAGCCUUCCAGAGGGUUAUCAAUCGACCGAUGAGGCCGCAGGAAUACGCAGUGGAGGCUCAUUUUAAACACAAACCCUGAGGCCUUAAGAAAAGCAAGACUGAAGCUGGACUCGACCUGGUCUCAUUGAGAUCAGAAACAGUGUGACCAUGGACUGUGGUUUGGAGGCAAAGGGCUGGGCGUUUGUAGGAGUUGGUAGACCACCAUCAGGAAAGAUGAUUAGUAACAAAAGAACAGGUUUAUAUCAUUGAACCCGUUAUGUAGAAAACUAACAUGAGACUCAAAGCUCCUGUACUGUAGGUGAUGUGAGGCCAAAAGAGUGAAUGAGAUCAGUUUUGCACCAACCUGUAUGAGACAUGUUGUCCUUUCCUUGGAAUUUUGUCUCGUGAAUGGUUUAAACUCCUUGAACUCUAAAGUUACGAAGUGAUAUUUACACCAGUUGAGUAAUAUUGCAUUGCUAAUUUAUUGACUGUAGGGUGUGUGAGUUUAUGUGGGUACGUUUUAAGUGAGUUUGAACCACUGACAUUGAAACCAUGUUCAAUCUAUAUCUGCAAAGUACUGUUGACCACAAAUAUGCAUUAAAACGUUCUCUUAAGUUUAUGCAGGAUAUGACAGCUCUUGGUUUUGUUUGUUCUCUUGAACUUUUACUGUCAUUGUGAAACUGUUACCGCUGCAUUGAAGGAUUUACUAGUGUUUUUUUUUCUUUAAAAAAAAAACAUUUUCAUUAUUUUAAUCACAGUAAUUCUUUGUUUUACUAUAAAAACCCAGUGCAUAUGAA